GUUUAUGUUGCGUGUUCAUUUUGAAAAGAUCUCGUUUCUUGAGUUCUUGAUAAAUCGAAGCAGAAAUUUGUGUUGCUGUUGUAAGAGUUUAUGUUGCGUAUUGAGUUUGAAAAGCUUGGUUUCUUCGGUAUCUUCUUCGGGAGAGCGUGGAUUGAAACUAUUGGUUGCUGUUUUGUUUUUAUCAGGAAUCUUAUUUGCUGAUUGUUGCCAAAUUCCUUUUUUGUUGUUAUUUCCAGAUGUGCGGCCAUUUAUGGUGCUGCAAAAAUUGGCCUUCUAAAGGCGUUCGGUGUGUUAUUUUGACUUCUCACAGUAUCAUUUUGGGCCUGGUUGAUCAAUGAUUUGAAUCUGAUUAUGUGAUUAAUAUUUUUGAUUUGAUUGAGUGGUUCAUAGUUCGUUCUUGUUCGACGAAUUUUCCUAUGAAAGUGGGCUGAACUUCCCAUUUCUUUCAUGGAUAGUAAUCAGUUUGGUUCUAACUGGGAUGAUGUGAUUUGUUCGAUAUGCUUGGAUUUUCCUCAUAAUGCUGUACUACUUCAAUGCUCGUCGUAUGAUAAAGGAUGUCGCCCCUUUGUGUGCGACACUGACCAUUUACACUCGAAUUGUCUUGGUCGUUUUAAAGAUGCACACAAUACAACUCCCCCAUCAACAUCUGAUGUAGUUCCUCGAAUCAAUGCCGAGCUGGUGGCACCAGAAGGUAAUUGCCAAUUAUGCUGUCCUUUGUGUAGAGGGGAUGUGAAUGGAUGGAAGGUGGUUGAUGAGGCCCGCAUACAUUUGGAUAAAAAAAAGCGUUGUUGUGAGGAGGAACAAUGUAGAUUUAUGGGUACAUAUUUAGAAUUGCAACAGCAUGCUCAGGUGGAACAUCCUCAUGCCCGUCCUUCAAAAAUCGAUCCUGCUCGACAACUAGAUUGGGAAAAUUUUCAACAAUCCUCUGAGAUCAUCGAUGUCUUAAGUACCAUUCACUCUGAAGUUCCUCAUGGGGUGGUGUUUGGAGACUACGUGAUUGAAUAUGGGGACGAUGAAAGUGGGGAUGAGUUCGAGGAUUUCCCUGGGGAUGAUGGUAAUUGGUGGACCUCUUGUAUCUUGUAUCAAGUAUUCGAUAAUUUCAGGAAUUCACGAAACCGAAGGAGAUCAAGAGUUGGCGAUACAAGACGGGGAAGUCGCCGUUCGAGUAACGACUUGUCGAAUUCCGAUGACAGUUUUGUGGCCUCAGUUGAAUUUUCAGAGUACGGUGUAGAAGAUAUUGACGACGAAAUUGUGAAUACAAAUGUCUCUUCAAGGGGUAAUUCCAACCAUAGGAGUUCCCGAAGACGUCGCUCCCGCUUUUACGACAACUAGCCAUUAGCGUCGGAAAAUGAGGCGGAGUUAAGGUAAUAGAGGGUCGAUUUAGACAUCAGAUUCAUGUUAAAUUAUGAUGAUGAUAUGUUCAUCAAACAUUUGAGUUCUUACCUUGUGUGGUUUCUUUCUUUCAAUUUUGUUUGGUGUCUUUAUGGGGUUUUCCCAAGAUGUAUUCUGCUCGCUCAAAUAUUGUCAAAAGGGAUUGGAUUGAAAUUCACCAAACUGAUGGUUUAUUACAGUGUACAGCUGAUCUAAAUUUGGUUCCCAUGCUUCA